CCAACUUGUUGCGCUUGACGUCACUUUUCUGUCAGAUCCAAACAAGAUGUCGACUUCCACCUCUUUAAGCAAAAUAGGCCUAUCGAAAAGCGCAACUUCUGUUAUUCCCCCCUUGCCAAUUUUACAUAAUCAUUUCACUGCAGCAGUGGGAAAAAGCAGUAUUGUAGUAAAAGCUGUAGCCGUUGUUGUUGUUAUUGGCUACCUUUUCUCUUUCAUUUCAUCAGCAAUUCCGUACAUAACAAUAACACCUGGCUAUGUUAUGCCACCCAACUUUCGUGUUUACAGUUUCAUUUUGUACUGUUUUGUGGAACUUCAUUUUUGGCAUGUAUUAGCUGAUGUAGCUGUUAUUGUGCUCUUUGGUAAACUCCUUGAACCUUUAUGGGGAGCAAGAGACAUGCUAAUAUUUUUUGUCAUAACAAACCUUGGAGUGGGAAUAACUACAGCCUUUUUAUAUUUCUUCAUUUACUUGGUCACAUUAAAUGAAGAGUACUUGUUUGAAGUUAAUAUUUAUGGCCUAUCUGGUUAUAUUGCUGGCUUUUGUGUUGCUGUGAAGCAAGUUAUGCCAGAUCACUGCCUUGCAACACUUCCAUUCGGAAAACUGAGGAACACUCACAUACCAUUGACACUACUGAUUUUGAUCAUUUUGUUGAGGAUCGCUGGUUUAUUGCCUGGACCAUAUCCAUACAUGUUUUUGAAUGGAAUGAUAGUCAGUUGGAUUUACCUGCGUUUUUAUCAAAAGCACACUAAUGGAAAUCGUGGUGAUAUGGCAGAUAAUUUUAGCUUUGCUAGUUUUUUUCCGAGUCAGUUUCAGCCUUUGAUAGCUAUCAUUUCUAACUCAAUAUUUAGUGCACUUGUCAAAGUGAAACUUUGUAAGAAGCCACAGCGCAGAUAUGAUGUUAGUUCACCAACAACUAUAACUGUCACAUUGCCUGGCACAGAACCACAUGAUGCAGAAAGAAGAAAGCAGCUUGCCUUGAAGGCACUCAAUGAAAGGCUAAGCAAGCCUGAUACUACACCAAGCUGGCCCAGCCUUGAUGAUGAGGGCCCCACCAGCCCUACUGCACCAUUACUUCCAAGCUCACAAAAUUUGGCUUCACAUGUGCAAGCGGCGCUGAAGCUGCCUGAUGCUGACAGUGCUAAGUUAACAAAAUCAUCUGCCCUUGAACAUGUGUAGUAAAAAAAAACUAUGGUGACUGGUAUGUUUGAUGGAUGUUAUUGGAUAUCAUAAUGUGCAGAAAGUUUUGAUUUUAAUGUUUUUUAUUUCCAGUAAGUUUUAUAUGCAGUGACAAGUAUAAUGCUAUUUUUUUUAACCUAUUGGAGAGAAUCAUACACCAUAGUAUAAAAUUGGUUGCUGAAGAAGUCAACAUUUCUAAAUGUAAUCCUUGUGUGAAAGUACCUGUUGUCAAAAAACAAAUGUUGGCUUAUAAUAAGCGAUCUUUCAAUAAAUAAAUUGUUUUAUUUAAUCCUAUAACUUUGUGUGUAAUUAUUGAAACAGUUUAAUUCUUCUUUAUAUAGAAAACAAAAUUUAAUUAACUCUAGUUUUGUAUAAAUAUUUUUGCCUAAUUCUGCUUUGAACUAUUCAAGAAAAACAACAUGAAGUUAUAACCUUGAAUGUGUAGGAAUAAUAGAAUUACAAAAUAAUUUGAUGCUAAAUUUAAAUUGUGGGUUUGUUUUGUUUUUUUUUAACUUUUCUUCAAAAAUUUCUUUUUUACUCCUUAGAUGUUCUUUACUAAAAUGUAGAUUUAUUUAAAAUGUAUAUAUAUAUAAAAAAGUAACUCUUUGAAGUCUGUACCUUUCACUUUAGAAUUAUAUCUGUGUUCACUGAAAAUACUUGAACACAAUGAAUGCUGAUAUGUUUUGUGGCAUUUCUGUGAUUCUUCGCAAACAUUGAUCAUACUUGUUUGUUACCAUGAGUGUGUAACGUUGAGGACUUGAGUGUGUCAUAAGAUAUUUGAUGAAAUUGAAAUGACAUGUAAUAAAAUUUGUCAUUACAAUUUGCAAUACUUUGUUAUUGUCAAAUUAAUGUAUAUUUAUUUUAUUGCCAUGUUUUGUGUGUGUGUAAGUGUAUGCUUUGUUCUUAUUAUGUUUAUCUAAAGUUUAUUUGGUAUGAAUUCAUUUCAUUGUAUAUAUAUUUAUAUAGAUUUAUUAGAAUGUUUGUAUUUGAAAUAAAAUGACUACUAUAUAUUGCCUGCUGCAUAUUACAUUUAUAUUUUUUUAAGUUUAUCAUAACCAUUGUUGAGGUUUGAACUUUAUUUCACUUGUUUGCUUAGUUUUUAUUUUCCUACUUAUUUAUUAUUGGGAGUAUUUAAUUUAUUCUCUAGUGAUUUGUUAAUCCUAAAUGAUGUAUUUUUUUUUUUUUUUUUCGUCUUCCUGCUCACUAAGCUUCACUGAAUGGAAAUAGUUUCAAAAAGUUUUUGCACCAUUCUUAUAAAAACACUUUAAGAUGUAAUAAAUAACACCACUGUCCACAACCAUUAAAAAAAUUUUUUUUUUUUUGGGGGGGGGGGGGGGGGUUAUAGUUUACAAUUUAGUGUUUUCCUUAUCUUCCUAUUUUUUUUUUUUUUAAUUCCUUGACCACAUCACCCCCCUUUUCUAUGGAAUCUCCUCAUCAGUUUCAAAAGUUCAAAAUGACUGUAUUUGUUCAUCCAUGUAUCUCCGACAUGUUGUAACACUUCAUUUUGUAUUUAUUAUAAGGUUAGGCUAUAGAUUUUUUUUUUUUAUAGAAAACGCUUAUAAUAGUGCACAUAAAUAGUUCUCUAAUUAUUUUUUUUUUCAAAA